AUGCUUGGUUCUGUGUUUCUCUUCCUCUGCUGGCUGAUGCUGCAACCAGCUGCUGGGGAACUAGAUUAUACCUCUCAGGGAGAGGGCACGCAGCUGCAGGGUGACUACUCCUUUGCCGGACUGUUUCCUCUUCACUACACUGAGGUUCUGACUAACGACCGGCCUGCUUUGGGUCCAUGUGAUCAAGGCAGAUCCAACAAACAUGCGUUUCAUUUGAUGCAAGCCAUGAGAUUUGCUGUGGAAGAAAUCAACAACGACACAGGUCCACAGCCUCUUUUACCGGGAGUGAAGCUGGGCUACCAGAUGUAUGACAUCUGUACUGACCCGGCCAGCGUCUUGGCCACACUGGACCUACUGGAACAGCAGCAACUAAACUCCAGCAGCAUUCAAAAAGCAGUGGGUGUGAUCGGGCCGGACAGCAGCAGCAAGACUUUUACCCCUGCUGCUUUACUGGGGGCAUAUCUGAUUCCACAGAUUUCUUAUGAGGCAUCAAAUGAAAUGCUGAGCAACAAGCUCCUCUAUCCAGCGUUCUUUCGCACCAUUCCCAGUGACAAGAACCAGGUGGCAGCCAUGAUCCAGCUCCUGGUUCAGUUCAACUGGAUGUGGAUUGCCCUCUUGGGCAGUGACAAUGAUUAUGGCCUGCAGGGCAUGCAGAGCCUGUCGGAGCAAGCGCCACAUCAUGGCAUCUGCAUCCCCUACCAGGGAAUCAUCCCUACAGCCACUGAGGACACAGUUAAGACCAUGAGGAACAUGGUGGAUAACAUACUGAAAACAAAAGUGAACACUAUUGUUGUGUUUUCCAGCAAGACAAAAUUCCACGACUUCCUCCCAUUUGUUCUGGAGAGAAACAUCACAGAUAAGGUGUGGAUUGGGACAGAGGAUUGGUCACCGUCGACUCUCAUAUCUCAGAUUCCUGGUAUUCAAACCAUCGGCACUGUGAUCGGAGUGGCAGUCAAGGCUGCAGCCAUUCCUGGGUUUAAGGAUUUUGAAAGAAAGGCUGUCGAUGCUUCAGCGCAACACAUCAACAACUCCAGUGUUUCCAUCAGCAGUGGCAGCAACUGUCUGCAGAGCACAGACUUAUACAGCUUGGCCUUAAAUAACUUCACCAUGGAUGAAUACGACACCACCUCCUCCUUCAAUGUUUAUAAGGCAGUGUAUGCUCUGGCUCAUGCUCUGCAUGAAACACUUGGCUGCGAUGCUGGAGGGUGCAACAAGAGAAGUGUGCAUCCAUACGAGCUUCUGCCCUUGCUCAGUCAGGUUCGAUUUUCUCUCUACAACUCCUCUGUGUACUUUGACGUGAACGGCGACCCUCCUACAGGAUAUGAUAUUGUGUCUUGGAUUUGGAGGGGGACGGAGUGGUCUCUCCGAGUGGUGGGCACCUUCACACCAGACCCCAUCACCCUCACGGUGGAUCCUGAGCUGAUUGAGUGGCACGGCAAAGAGAACUCAUCAGUGCCCGAGUCCUUCUGCUCUCCACCGUGCCCAGAAGGCUACAAGAAGCUGCUGACGGGGCAACAUGCAUGCUGCUUCGACUGCCAGCCCUGUCCUUCUGCCACAUUCCUCAAUAAAAGUGAACCAACAGAAUGCCAGCCGUGUCUCCCGGAGCAGUGGGCCCCCCCAACCAGUGACGAGUGUCUGAACAGGACCGUGCUGCUGCUGGACUGGGACAACCCCCUCUCCACUGCCCUGCUCUUCUUUCUGGGCUCCUGCCUUCUCCUGACCUCCAGCACCGCCGUCAUCCUUCUGCUCAACCUGAACACACCGGUGGCCAAGUCAGCCGGAGGCCGCACCUGCCUCCUGAUGCUGGCAGCCCUGACAGUCGCUGCCUUGAGCACUUUGUGCCACUUCGGCCGGCCCACUCCGCUGGCCUGCAUCCUCAAGCAGCCUCUUUUCACCAUCAGCUUCUCCGUGUGCCUGGCCUGCAUUGCCGUGCGCGCCCUUCAGGUGGUUUGCAUUUUCAAGUUUUCAUCCAAGCUGCCGCCAGCUUAUGAGAGGUGGAUAAAAAAGAGUGGUCCUGAGAUCACCAUCUUUCUGGUGUCGGCCACCAUCCUGCUCAUUUCUGUGGUCCGUGUGUCCUUGGACACGCCGCGGCCUUCCCAGGAUCUUCACUUCUACCCUGACAAGAUAGUGUUAGAGUGCAGCAAAACCCUCUCCGUGGGCUCGGGCGCUGAACUUGCAUACGUCUCUCUGCUCAGUGUCCUCUGCUUUUCUUUCAGUUACAUGGGUAAAGACUUGCCGGCUAACUACAACGAAGCCAAGUGUGUGACGUUCAGCCUCUUGGUGUACAUGAUCUCCUGGAUCAGCUUCUUCACCCUCUACCUCAUCAACAGGGAAACGUUCACCAUGGCCGCGCAGGUGUUCGCCACGCUCUUCAGCGUUCUGGCCUUCCUCGCCGGGUACUUCCUGCCCAAAAUGUACAUUAUUGUCCUGAGGCCUCAAAUGAACACCACUGCUCAUUUCCAGAACUGCAUUCAAAUGUACACCAUGAACAGAGAGUGA